GUUCUAUGCAGCGUGGUUCACACUGCUGAUUUCAUAUCUACCCAUCUUUGGUGGAGACUAUCGAAAGUGAUAAUAAUGAUAACUUAUCAAAUAACUUUCAAGAUGCAGUUUACAAGUUAAUUCAAGCUGAGUCCAGAUUUAUUACGUGACAUGUCACAGCGCACUAAAGUUCUCGAGUUGUACAAGACGCUAUUAUACAUGGGUCGAGACUAUCCGAAGGGAUAUCAAUAUUUUAGGACCAAGCUGAGGAGAGCCUUCGACAAAAACAAAGCAGAAACCGAUUCCGAGAAAAUCGAUAAGAUGAUAGGACAUGAAUCUGAAAACAUGGUCGCUUGCGUAGCUGUUAUUGGUAAGGAUAAUUCUCCAAAAUAUAUCAAAUGUGCGGAUGAAGCUUCUGCACUACAAUUUCACUACAAGGUACACACAUCCAUCGAUAUCAUAGAAGAGAAGCUGAGUGUAGGAAAUAAAACAGCAGUGGAUACACGCGACUUGUAUCUAGGUUUAUUGUUCGCAACAGAAGAAUACAAAAUAUAUGGUUAUGCAACUAACACGAAAAUUAAAUUUGUCAUAGUACUACAAUCAUCCAAUGUAUCAUUAAGGGAAAAUGACGUAAAGAUGACCUUUAAGAAGUUACAUGCUGCAUAUUCCAACGCAGUUUGUAAUCCAUUCUACAUUCCAGGCGAUCAAAUCAAUUCUAAGUCAUUUAAUGCAUCAGUGAUGGAAAUAAUGAAUGUUUUAUAAUAUCUUAGGCAUAUAGGAUAAGAUUCUAUUUAUUCAAGUAACUGCACACAUGUUACAAUUCAACAAAGAUAAAAUUAAGCGAUACACAAAUGUUCUGUAAUAAUAUUCUCGUUGGUGAAUAAUCAAUCAAUAAAUGAUAAUUCCGAAAGAUACUGUAA